AUGCCAUCCCUCGGCAAUUUCUGGCGCCACGACAACAACAACAACAACAACAACAACCAAGCCUCCAAAAAGAAGCGCACCAAGAAACCGCAACCUCCCCGACCCCCACCCAAAAUAAUCCACACACGCGAGACUUUACACCCCGUAUUCCACGCACCAGGCGUCUACGUUUCACCCCAGCAUCACUUUUCUACGCACGUAUACCUAAUUUUCCAUCUCUACAACCGGAAUACAUCUGGAAAAUUCGUUGCUACUGUAUCUUUUCGCACUAUGUAUAAUGAUUUUAAGGGGAUGAAGACGCUUGAUAUAUCGCCGUGUAGCGAGGAAGCUGAUGCGCAGUUUGAUAUUAAUGGAGGGGAGCCGAAUGCUGUGUUGGGAGGAAAGAAUAUGUUGAUGGUGAAGAUUGGAUGGGUGCAGAGGAAUGAGAAGAGGGAGGAGAUUUAUGCGCGGGUGGCGGAGUGUUUGCCAUUCCCCGUGAGGGCCGAUACGAUGGAUAGUGAAGAGUGGGAGGAGGUGAGGGCGAAGGGCAUGAAUCCGCGGUGUGAGUGGGUGGUGAAGGCGAUUGGGGUGUUGAGGAAAGCAGAAAAUUGGGAGAGUUUGCCGGUGUCGCAGUUUAGAGAGAGGCAUGAUGAGGUGAAGAAAUUGGCAAGAAAUGGGGAUUCUGAUGAUGAGAAGCGGAAGUGGAAAAGAAGGGUUGAUAGGGCAACAAGACAUUUUGAAGAUUCAGGUGACGCGCGUGAGUACAGGGAGAAGCUUAAAGAGCUUGGAUCUGAGCCUGAGUCUUCGUCAGAAGCUAUACAAGCUCGGUAUCUGGAUAAGCUUAUGAAUGAUGUUGGAGCAGCCUUGUAUUCUAAAGACGAAGAAGAGCCCAAAAAGAUCUCAUAUAGGAACAGACGAAGAAACGAAUGA